AUGGCGGCGCCUGCCCUCCUCCCUCCUCCUACCAUGGACGAAGAAGGCGCCGCCUCGCCCGCCCCAGUGCCCCCUUCCCCCGCCCCACCCCAGUCGGAGCCGGAGACGAAGCCCGCGCUCCUGCGCCGGCGCCCGCCCAUCCGCGUGACCUCAGAGUUCGACAGCGAACGGCGGCUCUUCUCCCACCGCCUCUCCUGUCGCGUCCUCGACGGCGUCGCCAAGCUCCGCCUCCGCAUUAGCCAUGGCGCUGGGGGAGGAGGGAUCCCCUGGGGCCCGCCCGAGGUUGGGCUCAUGGCGCGGAACUUCUCCGUCGUCGUCGACCCCGCAACCAGAGGCGCCGUGCUGCGCGGCGCCGCCGACCUCGCCGGCUCCCUGCGACUGCGCGCCUCGCACAACACCAAGGAGCGACAAGGAGAAGUGGCAAUUACUGCGAAUUUGAGGGAUUCACCAUGCAAGAUUGAAUUGUCAUCUCUGGUUCCUCCUAAUGCACUGCCAAGAGCAACAUUCUUCUUCCCAAAUGGUGAAGUCUCAAUUAAAGAGAAGAUUUUGGAUGAGGGUGACAGAAUUUUGUCAGUAAAUGGCCUUGUGAAGUCACGUGUUUUGAAUGGAGUUUGCACAGCUGUGUAUAAUGCCAAUGCGAUGAACAUUAAAUACCGCUACAAGGAUGAUGAAAUAUCAUUUGUCCCCAGCAUCUCGUUACCAUCCAAUUCUCUGUCAUUUGCAUUCAAGCGCCAAUUAACGCCUUUGGACAAGUUGAGCUAUUGGUACAAUUUUGACACAAACUACUGGAGCGCCAUCUACAAACACAAGGCUAACAAGCAUCUCAAGUGGAAAGCUGGCUAUGAGUCAGACAACAGGCUUGGAUGGGCAUCGCUUUGGGUUGGAGAUGCUGGCGGCAGUACAAAGGAGGUGCCAAUCAAAGCCAAAGUUCAGCUCACGCUUAAAGUCCCCCAGGACAAUAUGCAGAAUUCAGCUGUAGUGUUCCAUGUGAAGAAAAGAUGGGAUUUUUAG